UCAGAUGGAUGCGUUUAGGAGAUUAUUCUCUUUGACUUGUGUCGGACAACAAAAUAAACCGGUGGCGGCGGCGGUGGAAACUCCGGCGGAUGUUGUGACGUCAGAAAAAUUGCAGGUAGGGUUAGGAUGUAGUGAGUCAACUCUGCGGUCGAGGGAUAUGGUGAGUUACUCGAACUGUGAAUUCUCAACAGCUGUGCUGGAGGCGAACGCCCCCAUUGAGGAUUAUAGCCACGUCGUAAUCGGUAAAAAUGCGACCUUCGUCGGAAUAUACGACGGCCACUGUGGCACCGAAGCCGCCAACUACUUAAAAAAAUUUCUCUUUAAUAAUCUACUCAGGAUUUCGGGAGAGAAGGGAUGGACUAUGUCUGGUGAUAUGAUCAAGCAGGCGAUUUCGGAAACCGAAGAGGGGUUUAUUGAUUUUGUUCGACAGUCUUUGAAAGAAAAUCGCCGGAUUGUAAAUGUUGGGUCUUGUUGUAUGGUCGGAAUAAUAUGGGACGAAACGUUGUACGUUGCUAAUUUGGGGAAUUCAAAAACAAUUCUUGGAAAUAUCGAGACUCGAUCGACUUCGAUUAGGCCGUUGAAGCUUGCUUAUGAUCAACCUCGCAACCCCAAAAUCAGACAUGCAUGCAGAUGCAUGGGCAAUGCUUCCGUUAAGUAUCCGGAGGAGUUCGAUCUCGAUAGCGACAACCCUAAAACCGUGGAGAUAAAUUUAGUACCGACCGAAGACAAAUUCGUCAUUUUUGCAUCCCAUGGUCUUUGGGAAUUUUUAUCCAAUGAAGAAGCUGUAAAGAUUGUCCAGAAUAAACCGAGACGGGGUAUAGCCAAGAGACUUAUUAAAUCAGCAAUGAAAGUUGCAGCCAAGAGAAAAAAUGUUACCUACAAGGAAUUAAAGAGAAUGUACUUUGAUAGCUCCGAUAGAAAAAUUCACAAUGAUAUUACAGUUAUUGUGGUCUUUUUCAAAUACAACAACGCCGAACCACCAAGCUUCCGUUUUUCUCCCGUUGAAUACUAAAUUCUACGGACAAUGUUUGACCAUCAAACUCGAAACGUAUUGGGUGGAGCAACAAGUUUUUCAAGGCUGAUUUUUUUGCUUUCUAGUAGAAUUAUGAAACAUUUAUGAACUAAUAAUUAGCUGUUUUUUUUUUCUGGUUUAUAUUUUUGAAUUUCUUAGAGAUAAAGUCGAGCGCUUGAGAUAUUAUUUAUUUUUUCAAUUAUUGAAGAAAAUAUCGGCUGUCGAUCGACGAUCGACGCCCUUAUUUGACAUUAAGCAGAUCAUAUACUAAUACUUACAUAAAAAAUUACAAUUAAACGAAA